AUGAAUCCGGCACACUUCAGAGAGUUCAGUCAUCCGCAUUUGGAGAGUAUUCUGGACAACUACAGUGGCUCUGGUGGCUAUGAUAUACCUGAGAGGUUCAGCUUACAACAAAACAUGAUCAGGGAACAGCUUGACAUGAUGAUAGAAAACAAGCUGUAUGAAGGACAACAAGGAGAUCGAAUGAGCAAAGAUAAUGAAGAUAGUAAAAAAGAUAGAAGUGAUACAAAAACAGACACGGCCGGAACGAGUCGGAGUAGUGAUGAAAAGAAAAACACAACGAACAAACAAACAACUGAUGAACAGAUGUUAAGUAGAACACACAGACAGACAGACACACGAGGAAACAACAUGUGUGGAGACAAAAAAUUACUCGACUCCACAUAUCGUCCGAUGGUACCACCCACCAGAGACCCUCGCUCGUUCCUGGACGUGGUGGUGACUCCCGGUGGUAUGUUGUCUAAGCACGCGGCCGCCGCGCCCUACUACGUGUUCUACACAACCAUCAAGGACAGUAAGAACACUCACGAACAGAAGUACUCCAUCACACUACUGGAGAUCCUCGACAGUAGUCUUGGUGAGCUCAAGUGUUCGCUCCAGAUCAACUUCAUGGUGGACGCGGGCUGGCUGCUCGCGCACUAUUACUUCGCGGGUUACAGUGCAAAAAAGCUAACGAUCUUAUACGGAGAGGAGAGCGAUGACCUCAAGAACGUCAGCCGCAAGAAACAGAACGUGGAGACGCACCACGUGAAGAUGAGCACACCCUUUGGGAAACACCACACGAAGAUGAUGCUGUUGUGUUACGAGGACGGGUCGCUGAGGGUGGUGGUGUCCACCGCCAACCUGUACCUGGACGACUGGCAGAACAGGACGCAGGGUCUCUGGCUGAGUCCCCGCUGCCCGCCUCUCCCCGCUGAGUCUCCCAGUCUGUCCGGUGAGAGUCCCACGGGCUUCAAGCGGAGUCUACUCGACUACUUACAACACUACCGCCUGCCGCAACUGGCGUACUACGUGCACCGAGUACAGAGAUGUGACUUUACUAACAUCAAUGUGUUCCUCGUGUGUUCGGUGCCCGGUACUCACUACUCCCCGUCGUUCGGGUUCCCUCGUGUGGGCGCCUUACUCCGCGCUCACUGCGAGCUCCCUCCACACGAGGCCCGCUCGUGGCCGCUCAUCGCUCAGGCCAGUAGCCUCGGCAGCUAUGGGAAAGAACCCGCGUCGUGGCUGACGGGAGACUUCCUGCAUCACUUCACCAAGAUCAAGGACCAGCCACAGACACUGACCCCGCCGCCCGAACUCAAGCUCAUCUACCCAUCAUUAGAGAACGUGAAGUCUUCUCACGACGGUCUGCUGGGCGGCGGCUGCCUGCCCUACUCCGCGACCGUCCACACCAAGCAGCCCUGGCUGAACAACUUCUUAUAUCAGUGGCGCGCGCGUCACUCGGCCCGUGACCGCGCGAUGCCUCACAUCAAGAGCUACCUGCGCGUGUCUCCAGACUGUUCGCGCGCCUCCUACUACCUACUAACUUCCGGUAACGUGAGUAAGGCGGCCUGGGGCAGCAGGAACAAGGACGGCGGAGUGAGGAUCAUGAGCUAUGAGGCGGGGGUACUACUGUUACCGCGGUUUAUGAUCAACUCCCCCUCGUUCCCCCUCUCCCCCUCCUCGCCCCAGCAGCUGCUCGUCCCCUACGACCUGCCCCCACACAAGUACACGCCGGACAUGUCGCCCUGGUUAUUAUACAUAUGUUGUGCCGUGGUGGCGGCCGCCAGGGCUGAGGACAGCUUCUACGCGCCGCAGACAUUCAAACAAGUAGGUUACCACAACAAGGGUCCGUUCACACCGGCCGAGGACGUCCUGCCGCAGGGCUCCUCUCAGGGCUCGCAGUGGAAGACGCAGCCCUACGACGACUACGGGAGAGAACAAGCUGGCCAAGAGGACUGGCGCGUGCCUUACGGCAACAACAAGGAGAGGCAGGCCACCAUCCUGCAUCACAAACAAUCACUCAGCUCCGAGGGAGCCUUCCGCUUCGAGUACGCGUCAGACACAGGGUUGGAGGCGGGCGAGGUGAUCUCUCCUGACGGGUCCAGGGUCGGCGCCUACCAGUACAAGGACCCCGCGGGACAACUCGUUAAACUGAAGUAUCGAGCUGGGAAAGAAGGGUUCCAGAUCCUUGAAGGCAGUCACGUCCCUAAGAGUCCAGAGCCUGUAGCACCACCGACACAAGGGAGCUACUACCAGGAGCCGUACCAGCAACACUAUCAACAGGAACAGACUCCCGACUGGAGACAGGUCCCACAGAUCCCCCAGGCCCCGCAGGUCCCGCAGGCCCCGGUGCCUCCUCCUCAGUACUACAACCAGAACUGGAAGACAGACGGACGGAGCGACGGACACUACAAUGAGCUCGAGGAGCAGAGCCGGGGUCCACACUCGUUCGGUACGGGGUAUGCGUUCGCCUUCAAGGGAUGA